CCUUGACUGGCCGAUGGUGUUGACUCGAUUCAUCGGUGACUCACUGGGGACUUGCGUGCAUGAACGUUGAACAGGAUCAUCGUACAGGGCUAACACAUCCUAGCUACACCUACACCAACAGCAGCUUCCAAAGCAGAUACUCCUCUGCCUCCGACUACUCCCAGUCCCAGUCCUGUCCCUAGUGCUCCCGCGAACCCGUCAUACCUUGACCACCAUCUCCCCUCCAUCGCCCAUCAUGUCCUUUAGCAACCCCCGCCGAAGUACAAAGCCCUCAUCGUCUACUCUGACUCCUUCUCCAUCGCUCCUCGCUGCGUCAGGCCGUCCAGAGGUUAAUACCAAUAUGUCCCUCCGUAAAGGUGCUACCUUUCACGUUCCCUAUAGUCCCGACCUCGAGACUUCUUCAUCUCGUGGCCCUCCUCGUCGCUCCCAAUCAACUCUGGAGGAUGUCGUUGAUGCUCACAAACGACGUGUUGCAUUAAACCUCGCUGACAUUGACCGUGGUCUCGCUGCCACCACCCUCGAGGACCAUUCUCCAACCACUACAAGACACUCCUUCCGCGACGAAGCUGAUCCAGUUCCCCAAAGCUUCCUUGACCACACCGUCGGUAAACCAACUGCUAAACCAUACGGUCCCAUCAUGGACGGGGUCAUGUCCAAGGAGCCUUCCUCGGCUGGAGGACGCUCUCUUCGUCCACGACACAACCGUCGCCCUUCCAGGUAUUCGGACAGUGCAUUGGGUUCGUCCAUUGGUUCUCGCUCUGGCAAGAACACUGGCAAGAACACUGGCGAGACCAGCCCUACGACCGUCACCGAAGAGGCACGCACCAAAGCGAAAGCUGCAGCAUCAGCGAUAACUAGAUCCGUUGCUGCUCAUUCGACCAUUGAGAAGCUUCCCAGACUCAGUUCUCGCGCCAGCAACCGCAUCCAGGAACAUAUCCUGAGACCGCUAUUGGCCAAACCUUCACUCCGAGACUUCCACCCGAUUGUGAAGGAUUGCCCAAGAAGAAUUCACGGUAAGGAGAUUGUAUGUCUUCGUGAUUUGGAAAAGACGUUGAUUUUCAUGGCACCGGUAAGUGAUUCCCCUACUGAUGAUGUUGCCGGAGGUGUUGCUCACUGGUUUUCGUGUUUGAAGGAGAGGACCAAGACGGCCGCCUUGUAUCUCGACUUCUGCCUCACGUCUAUCCGGUGUAUCCAAGCGACGGUCGAAUUUUUGAGCGAGCGAGAACAGACCCGACCACACGACCGACCUUAUACUAACGGCUACUUCGUCGAUCUCGUCGACCAGAUCAAGCAAUACGCUCAACAGGUUCAAGAGGCCAAGGAAAAGAAAGAGAAGGGAGAGACGCUUUCCGAGAUGGAUCCUGAACCGUAUGUCCCCUUCACACACACCCCUCAGUUUCGACCGAAGCAUUCCAUCAAUGACUGCAACACCCUGUCUCAAUUUCAUUCCAAAACAAUGAAUGCUAACACAUCUUUUAGAACCGAUGAAGUUCGCCUUCAUGGCGGGCUUACUAAAAAUGGUCGACCAGCUGAGUUGGUGCGUGUAAAGAAGAACGGCAAGGCUAUUUCCGUAGCUACCGGACUUCCCGUCGACUUGGAAGACGAGGAUACCAAGGAAUCAUUGAGAUUCAAGCGAUCUCUCAGCCAAGAGGCUGAGGACGACGAGGCAAUCAUGCGAUCUAUGGCCCGACGUAAGCGAUCCGCUUCAGCUGCGGAACUUGCACCAAAACGUUGCCGUGAACCUGGAUGUGACAAAGAAUUCAAGCGCCCAUGUGAUCUAACCAAACACGAGAAAACUCACUCUCGACCAUGGAAGUGCCCCGUCGAGUCCUGCAAAUACCACGAGUACGGAUGGCCAACCGAAAAGGAGAUGGAUAGACACCACAAUGACAAGCACUCUGCUGCUCCACCAUUGUAUGAGUGCCACUACAAACCUUGCCCGUACCGAUCCAAGCGUGAGUCAAAUUGCAAGCAGCACAUGGAAAAGGCACAUGGAUGGGAGUAUGUUCGAUCGAAAAGCAACGGAAAGAACCGCGAGGGCAAGUCAAUUACCAAUACCGUCAACGGGUUAGCUACUCCACAAACAACCCAUGUUCAAACCCCAAGCAGUGAUGGACACUCGGUUACCACUCCCGAGGAACGUGAGUACGAUAUGUCGGGCUUUGGCAGCGGUAUGGGUUUUUCUACCAACAACCAAUUGAACCAAUUGACCUUUCCCGCAUACGACCCAUCCGAGUUGGACACUCUCUUUCCUAAUCAACCGCUACAAGUUGAUUUCUCCCCCAUCUCCGACCUUCAUCAGUCUGGCUCAUCCAACGGACAGUCUCCUUUCUCCGCAAACCUCAGCCUUGAUCAAGAUCCAUUCCCAAAUUUCACAAACACCAACGUCGAUUUUAGUCUAUUUGAGAACGAGGAUCUCUACAGUGCUAACGUUCAACUUCCAACACCCAGCCAUGAUGUCUUUCAACGAGCACUGGCUGGAUUUGAAACUUCUGGUAUCCCAUACGGUGCCGAUCCUAUCCCACACAUCUCCCCAAUUGGACAUGGUAAUACCAUGCUUUACACACCCACCUCUCUUCGUGAAGUUGAUGAAGGUUUCGAGGAUUUUGCACCCAACAACUGCAAUCCACAAAUUGGCCAUUCUACUGAUUUCCAAUUAUUCCCUUCCAAUGGUGGUGUCAUGUCCAACCACGCAUCUCCCGGUGGUCUCUUUGGUAAAAUUCCAGCUGGUCAUGGCUUUCCUGGUGUGUCUGCUCAAGAUCUUUUGAAUUUCUAUGCCGCAGGUACAGCCGCUGCUACUCAUCAUCAUCAGCAGCAGCAACAUCACCAGCAACAUCACCAGCAUCAUCACCAGCAUCAACACCAUCAUCAACAACAACAACACCAACAAUAUCAAAAUAACAUGCUAAUGGAUUGGUCAUCUGAUGGACAGUACACGGGAUACGGCAGGAAAUAAAUUUUAGGAUCGGCCUACCGCUAGCAGGGUCUAGUAAAGACAAAAGAACCGCCAUGGACUUCCAUGGCUACACAAUCAAAACGUAUUUGUUCAACUAGCACGGCGUUUCUUUCCUCCUUUGGUUCAACAACACACCUCUUACCUUUGAUUUCUUCUCAUUUCAUGACAUGAAUGCGACGAAAGACGAGUGGAAGAUUAAUAGGCGGAAAAGAAGAUGAUAUGGAAUUGAUUUUUUCUUUACGAGAAUUUCUUUGAAAUGAGAAACAUCAUUUUGUUCUUGAUGGCGGAAGACAACAAUUUGAAAUCUCGACGGGGUAGUGUAGCAACUGUUUUUUUCUGGUGCGCUUUUUCUUACUCCGGGGAUAGGUUGUUUGAUGGAGGGGUUUAUAGUACGUUGUGGAUUUGUUUUCCUCUUUUCAAACUGGCAGGUGAAAGAAGGCAAGGCUAGGAAGUGUAAAGGACAAGGGGCAAAGAAGGGGAUAUGGAGAUAGAUCUCGCAUUGAACUCGAGCUUGAACUUGAAGC